AUGCCACAGAUGCCAAAUUAUCUCCAGGCAUUGAAGCCCACACUAGUUCCUUCUGUUCUGGGCCAAGAAGAAUCGAACGGCGAGUUCACAUACCAAGAAGUGGAGCUAAAUGCUGUCAUUGCCUUUGGUGACGACGGGCAGAAACGGACACCCUGGACUCUCCUGAUCAAGCACAUCACGUCAUGGACUAACCAGAUGAACCCGAGAUCUGAACGGCAUUUUUGGGAUUUACUCGAAAGUGGAAUCUUGUCAAAGCUUCUUCACAAAGGGGGCGACCCAAACGAUUUCGUGUUGCGUGAUGCUUUAUGGCACCAUUCUGCUGUUGGCGCAUACCUUGAUAUUGCAUUCGACAUUGAGUCAGAUACAGAAAAGGAAUCUCACUAUCUUGGGUACUUCGUGAAUUUCUUUGUGCUGGGGCUAUCACAACCGAGAGCUCCAGCCGGUCCCUGA